AUGACAAGUGUAUCCAGAUUUGGUGAAUUGAGAAAUGACUGGCAUUACUCAAAAGAUGAAUCACAUUUGUCGCCAGAAGAUUAUAAAUCAUAUACACAUUUAUUAACUUCUAGACCUAAAUUUCAUGAAGGUAGUUUUACCAUCAUUGAUAUGGUUGAUGGAUAUCAAUUUUUGAGAAUCAAAAAAACAAAUGAACUUACUCUGAUGUGGAUUAAUUUGUUUAAUCUACUUGUUAGCUAUAAAAAAAACAAUUAUUAUCAGUUUAAAGAAAUGUUUGAAUUGGUCUUUCCUAUAUGGAUAGUUUUGAAACCAAAAAUAUGGAUAAUGACAAAUAAAAAAGAUUUUCAAUUCUUUGAAUGA